CAGAAGCUUCCGGGAGUGUGGGUGCGGGUGAGCGUGAGACGAGCUUUUGGGGGUCGCUUCAUUAGACUCUCGCUCUCUAUUUGACAGGAUAUGUAUGCAUCUGCAUUUUAAGACUUUGCUGUAAGAUGGAGGAGACUGACAGGGAAGCAGUUGCAACAGCUGUACAAAGGGUAGCUGGGAUGCUUCAGCGACCAGACCAGUUAGAUAAAGUGGAACAAUAUCGCAGAAGAGAAGGCCGUAAGAAAGCUUCAGUGGAAGCUCGACUGAAGGCUGCAAUCCAGUCACAGCUUGAUGGAGUUCGAACUGGCUUAAGCCAGCUGCACACUGCAUUGCAUGAUGUUAAGGAUAUACAGCACUCUUUGGUUGAUGUCAGUAAAGACUGGCGGCAAAGUAUCAACACCAUAGAAAAUCUCAAGGAUGUUAAAGAUGCUGUAGUUCAACACAGUCAACUGGCAGCUGCUGUAGAAAACCUCAAAAAUAUAUUCUCAGUGCCAGAGAUAGUUCAAGAGACUCAAGACUUGAUUGAGCAAGGACAAUUAUUGCAAGCCCAUCGAAAGUUGAUGGAUUUAGAGUGCUCUCGAGAUGAUCUUAUGUAUGAACAGUACCGCAUGGAUAGUAAGAAUACCCAUGAUAUGAACCUAAUUGAUAGCUAUUUUGGAGAUAUGCAAAAACUUUCUGAAGAACUGGCCAAGCAACUCUGGAUGGUCAUUCAGAGGUCUCUAGUCACUGUCCGUCGAGAUCCAACCUUGCUAGUUUCAGUUGUCAGAAUAAUUGAGAGAGAAGAAAAGAUAGAUCGGCGUAUGCUAGAUCGGAAGAAGCAAACUGGAUUUAUCCCCCCUGGGAGACCUAAAACGUGGAAGGAAAAAAUGUUUAAUGUCCUGGAUCGAACUGUUACCACCAGGAUUGAAGGCACUCAAGCAGACACUCGAGAAUCUGACAAAAUGUGGCUUGUUCGCCAUCUGGAAAUAAUCCGUAAAUAUGUUCUUGAUGAUCUGUUGGUAGCUAAAAAUCUUAUGGAUCAGUGUUUCCCACCACGUUAUGAAAUUUUCAAGAGAUUACUAUGUAUGUAUCACCAAGCAUUGUCUAUACGUAUGCAGGACCUGGCUUCUGAAGAUUUAGAAGCAAAUGAAAUUGUUAGCCUUUUGACAUGGGUUUUAAAUACUUAUAAAAGUGAAGAAAUGAUGGGAAACUUGGAACUUGCACCAGAACUGGAUGUGAAUUCCCUGCAACCUCUUCUUUCUCAGGAUGUGGUAGAUGAUCUACUCAGCACAUAUAUGUCAACUCUUACGUCCAACAUUAUUGGCUGGUUACGAAAAGCGCUGGAGACAGAUAAAAAAGACUGGCUAAAAGAAAAUGAACCAGAAGCAGACCAGGAUGGAUACUAUCAAACAACACUCCCAGCUAUUGUAUUCCAGAUGUUUGAACAGAAUCUUCAGGUGGCUACUCAGAUAAGUGAAGAUUUGAAAAUAAAAGUACUAAAUUUGUGCCUUCAACAAAUGAGUUCCUUUCUUAACAGGUAUAAAGAGGAAGCACAUUUAUAUAAAGAAGAACACUUAAGAAAUCGUCAGUAUCAUCCAUGCUACGUUCAGUACAUGGUUGCCAUCAUCAACAACUGUCAGACUUUUAAGGAAUCGAUCAUCAGUUUGAAAAAGAAAUACUUUACCUCUGUGAUGGAAGAGAUCCAGACAAGCAGUCCCACAUGCAUCGAUGCUGUUUUAGAUGAUAUUGCCAAGGAAGGAUGCUCAAGCCUGCUAGAUGAAGUCUUCAUUGAUUUAGAGCCUCAUCUCAAUGAACUGAUGACAAAAAAAUGGCUUGGUGCAUCCAAUGCUGUGGAUACAAUCUGUGUAACUGUAGAGGAUUAUUUUAAUGAUUUUGCAAGAAUAAAGAAGCCCUUUAAGAAGAAAAUGACUAUUGAAUGCCAUCGUAGAAUUGUUAUGGAAUACAUCAAGGCUAUAAUGUUAAAGCGUAUUACUUUUAAGAAUGCAGAAGAAAGAAAAGAGGGUGCUGAAAGGAUGAACAGGGAAGCCAAACAGUUCAGGUUUCUAUUUAAAAAGCUUGCAGAAGGAUCUGGAGAAGACACAGAAGGGCUUUGUGAUGUCAUUGAAGCUAUUGCAGAAGUUUUCAAGCUGACUGAUCCUUCACUGCUUUAUUUAGAAAUCUCAACUUUAGUUAGUAAACAUCCUGAUAUCAGGGAUGACCAUAUUACAGCUUUAUUGACAAUGAGAGGAGAUGCCAGCAGAGAGAUGAAGCAGACCAUCAUUGAAACUUUGGACAAAGGCCCAAGCCAGCCAAAUCCAAACUAUGUGCCAAUUUUUAAAGAAAUUACAGUUCCAACACUAACUGUGCCAAAGCUUCUUAAGUAAUAGCAAUUACUUUUCAUGUUUUCAUGUUUGGAAUGUUUUUAGCUUAAAAUGCAUAUAGAGAAAACAUUAAUUUCUUGCAAAGCUUCUUUUUUUCUCCUGUGUUAGCACUUGUAACAAGAUGUAAGAAUAGGUAAAUCAGUCACUGGAAAAAUACACAAUAUUCUGAUGGCCAGAGUGUUUUGAAAUUGCAUCUUCACCAUUAUCAGUGGAUUUUCUCCCUCUUGCAUAUUCCCCUUGAACUUUUUUGGGUGUACUUCAGGAAAUAUAAAAGGGGUCAAUUUAUGUCUGGGU